AUGCUCCGCCGCGGCGUGCUCCUCCUCGUGGCCGUCCUCCUCGCCGUCGCUCACUCGCCCCUCGCGUACGCCUCGGAGGCCGACCACAAGUAUAAAACAGAAGAACCUGUUAAGCUAUGGGUAAACAAGGUUGGGCCUUACAAUAACCCUCAAGAGACGUACAACUAUUACAGUCUCCCAUUUUGUCAACCAUCUGAAAACCCUGCGCAUAAAUGGGGUGGUCUCGGAGAGGUCCUUGGUGGAAAUGAGCUGAUUGAUAGUCAGAUCGAUAUAAAGUUCAUAAAAAAUGUGGACAAGGGGGCCAUUUGCACAAUUGAACUUGAUGCUCAAAAGGUUCAGCAAUUUGCUAAUGCCAUUGAAAACUCAUAUUGGUUUGAGCUUUUCAUAGGUUUUGUUGGGGAGACUGACAAAAACAAUGAGAACAAGCACUACCUUUACACUCAUAAGAACAUUGUUGUUAAAUACAAUGGUAACAGGAUAAUUCAUGUGAAUCUAACGCAAGAGUCACCUAAGCUUCUUGAAGCUGGUAAAAAGUUGGAUAUGACUUAUUCAGUAAAGUGGGUGCAAACAAAUGUGGCAUUUGCACGGCGUUUCGAGGUUUACUUAGACUACCCGUUCUUUGAACACCAGAUUCAUUGGUUCUCCAUCUUCAAUUCAUUCAUGAUGGUUAUUUUCUUGACUGGUUUAGUGUCAAUGAUAUUGAUGAGGACACUAAGAAAUGAUUAUGCAAAAUACGCUCGUGAAGAUGACGAUCUGGAAUCACUUGAGCGAGAUGUUAAUGAGGAAUCUGGGUGGAAGCUUGUCCAUGGUGAUGUGUUCCGACCUCCUCACAGCCUGGUGUUUCUUUCUUCCCUUGUUGGUAUUGGCACUCAGCUGGCAGCUCUUAUCCUGCUUGUGAUUGUGUUGGCCAUUGUUGGCAUGUUAUAUGUUGGGCGAGGAGCUAUCAUCACAACCUUUAUUGUGUGCUAUGCUCUUACAUCUUUCAUCUCUGGAUAUGUUAGUGGUGGCCUCUAUUCAAGGAAUGGUGGCAAAAACUGGAUAAAGGCUAUGAUCCUUACAGCAUCACUUUUUCCAUUCUUGUGUUUCUCGAUUGGAUUGGUGUUAAACACUAUUGCUAUCUUCUACCGAUCAUUAGCAGCUAUACCAUUUGGCACAAUGGUUGUUAUGUUUGUUCUUUGGGCUUUCAUCUCCUUCCCGUUGGUUCUAUUGGGGACUGUAGUUGGUAGAAAUUGGAGUGGUGCUCCCAACAACCCUUGUCGUGUGAAAACGAUCCCACGCCCUAUCCCUGAGAAGAAGUGGUACCUCACACCUUCUGUUAUUUCAUUGAUGGGUGGGCUUCUCCCCUUCGGCAGCAUCUUCAUUGAGAUGUACUUCGUAUUCACUUCCUUCUGGAACUACAAGGUGUACUACGUCUAUGGUUUCAUGUUGCUGGUCUUUGUCAUCCUCAUAAUAGUCACCAUAUGUGUCACUAUUGUGGGUACUUAUUUCUUGUUGAAUGCUGAGAACUAUCAUUGGCAAUGGACAUCAUUCUUCUCUGCUGCAUCUACCGCCUUGUAUGUAUAUCUAUACUCUAUAUACUAUUAUCAUGUGAAGACAAAGAUGUCAGGCUUUUUCCAGACAAGCUUCUAUUUUGGUUACACCUUGAUGUUCUGUCUUGGAUUGGGAAUACUUUGUGAAGUAGGCAACAUUCGACAUCAGACCGAACGCUUCGAGGCUACUGUCAUCGUGCGCUACAGCAUGAAGCUGGUGGUCGAGGUCGUCGGCGCGCACGACCUGCCGGCGAGGCGCGGCCGCGUGACCCCGUUCGUGCAGGUCGCGUUCGGCGGCCAGCGCCACGCGACCGGCGUUAGGCCCGGCGAGGCCAACCCGACGUGGAACGAGACGGUCGUGUUCGUAAUCGACGCGAUCGUCGCCGGCCGCGGCGGCCGGCUGUCGGACCGUUCCAUCGACGUCGGGGUCUACCACCGGCGCGCCUCGGGCCGCAAGAGCUGCCUCGGCCGCGUCCGCCUGUUCGGCGCGGCCGUCGCGCCGUCCGCUGAGGAGGCCGUCCUCCUGCGCUGCCCACUCGACAAGCCCAGCUUCUUCGCCCGGCGCGCGGCGAGAGACAGUGAUCGGAGGCGCGAGCACGCAGUCGUCUCCUGCAAUGGUGAUCAAGAAGAAAAGAAGAAGAAAGAACCGGUGCAAGAGCCGCCGCCGGUGCAUGUCUUCAACUCCAUCCCAACGCAGUCCAGCACCGGGUCGCUGAUCUUCCCGCCACCACCACCGCCGUCCAUGCCACCGCCCACCGCAGCCCCAAAGGCCACCAAGAAGGCUGCGGCGCCUGCCACCGCCGACGACGCCAAGGCGGCGGAGUACCUCAUGGUUGACAAGCUGGAGUUCCUGUACGUCAACGUAGUGCGCGGCAGGGGCCUCUCCGGCACCGACCCGUACGUGGAGAUCCGGGUGGGCAACUACUCGGCGGUGACACGUCAUCUUGUCAGGAACCAUGAGCCCGAGUGGAACCAGGUGUUCGCCUUCUCCAAGGAUCAGCUGCAGGCGGACAGCGUGGAGGUGAUCGUCAAGGACAAGAACCUCAUCGUGUGGGACAGCAUCGUCGGCAGAGCUGCCCUGAACAUCCUCGAGCUCCCAAGCUUGGCUCCUCCUAACCGCCCUCUGGCGCCUCAAUGGUACAGGCUCACGGGCGCCAAGGGCCAGUGGACAGGCGGCGAGGUCAUGGUCGCCGCCUGGAAGGGGUCGCAGUCCGACGAGGCCUUCGCCGGCGCACUGCACUCCGGCGCGCACGACCUGGCACCGGCCAACGUGGCCACCACCCAGACGAAGUGCUACUUCGCGCCACGGCUGUGCUACCUCCGGUGCCACGUCAUCGCCGCGCAAGACUUGGUCCACCCUGACCGCAGCCGCCGGUCGCGGAUGAGCGUGUUCGCGAGGGUGCAGCUCGGCGGGCAGAGGUGGUGCACGCGGGCGUCGCCGAGCGCCAAGUGGGACGAGGACUUCUUCCUCGUCGCGGCGUGGCCGUUCGACGAGCCCCUGGAGAUCGCCGUCAUUGACAUCACCUCGCCGCAGCGGCACGAGCUGCUGGGCGAGGUCACCUUCCCCAAGGGAAGCAUCAAGGUGCAGCAGUUCGACAAGAAGAAGUUCAAGCCGCCGGCGCCGUCAUGGCACGACCUCGAGCUGCCACGUUCAUCUGACGGCGGUGGCGGUGGUGGCGACGAUGCCCCGGACAGAUCAGGACGGCGGCACGAGUUCAGGAGCAAGAUACAGCUGCGCGUCUACUACGAUGCGGCGUACCACGUCCUCGACGAGGUCACGUCGUACGCCAGCGACUUCCAGCCAUCGGCGCGGCCGCUCCGAUCGCAGGCCAUCGGUGUCCUCGAGCUCGCCGUCCUGCGAGCAACCGGCCUCCGGUCAACGAAGCGCCCGAACGGCGGGCGAGGGACUGUCGACGCCUACUGCGUCGCAAAGUACGGGCAGAAGUGGAUCCGGACACGCACGCUCCUCGACACGGCCUCGCCGAGCUGGCAGGAGCAGUUCACGUUCGACGUGUUCGACCCCUGCACCGUGCUCACCGUCGCCGUCUUCGACAACAGCCAGCUCUCCUCCGCCGAGGCCUCGCGGCGCGGCGACACCGACGCGCCGCUGGGCAAAGUCCGCAUCCGCGUAUCCACGCUGGCGUCAGGCCGCACGUACGAGCAGCCGUACUCCCUGUUCGUGGUGCACCCCACCGGGCUCCUCCGGUGCGGCGAGCUCCACCUCGCCGUCCGGUUCACGCACACGGCGUGGCUCAACAUGAUGUCGCUGUACCUCCGGCCGGCGCUGCCGAAGCAGCACUUCGCGAAGCCGAUCCCGACGCACCUCCUCCCGAGGCUCCGGCGGAACGCCGCGGACGUCGUCGCGUCCCGCCUGGCGCGCGCCGAGCCGCCGCUGCUCCCGGGCGCCGUGCACUACCUCCUCCGCGACCCGCCUACGCGUACAGCAUGCGCAGGUCCCGCCGCCGCUUGCGCGCGCCUGCGCGACGUGCUGGCCCUGCUCGCCGCGUUCGCGCGCUGGUUCCGGGGCGUCCGCGACUGGGACAACCCGGUCACCACCGUCCUCGUCCUGGUCGUGUUCCUCGUGCUGGCGUGGAUGCCCAAGCUCAUCCUUCCGACCUUCUUCCUCUACCUUUUCGCCGUUGGCGUGUGGAACUUCUGGCGGCGGCCGGCGCAGCCGGCGCAGAUGGAGCACUACAGCGACGGCGUUCCCCAGGCCAUGUUCGAGGAGGAGUUCGACGCCGGGUUGCCGUCGGGGACCCUGCCGGAGGUACUCCUCCUGUGGUACUUGCGACUCCGGGAAACGGCUGCUCACAUCCAGGGGUUCAUCGGUGACGUCGCCUCGAAGGGAGAGCGCGUGCACGCGGUGCUGGGGUGGAGGGACGGCCGCGCCACGGUGAUCGCGCUCGUGGCGGUGGCCGCGCUCACCGUCGUGAGCUACGCGGUGCCGUUCAAGGCGCUGGUGUCUGUCACCGGGCUCUACGUGAUGAGGCAUCCGCUGCUGCGGCGGAAGGAGCCGUCGGCGCUGAUGAGCUUCUUCCGGCGGUUGCCGUCCAAUGCCGAUGUCAUGCUGUGA